AUGUUUGAGGUAAUACAACCUUGUAUCUCCAGACUGCUUUCUACUUUACCCAAUCUCACUCUAUUUACUAAGGUAAUACAACCUUGUAUCUCCAGACUGCUUUCUACUUUACCCACUCUCACUCUAUUUACUAAGGAUCCGUGCCCUCUGUGUGAUGAAGCUAAAGAAGAGCUGGAACCUUUCAAACACAGAUUUGCCUUACAACAGGUGGACAUCAGUCUCCCAGAGAACAGAGUGUGGUUAGACAGGUACAGGUGGGACAUACCUGUCUUCCACCUGAAUGGACAGUUUGUAAUGAAACAUCGAGUGGACGUCGUCCUGCUGGAGAAACUGCUAAAGGACACCAAGACGCAGAAGGCAUGAUGACAGUUUAUGAACCAUCUGAGGAAAAUUAUAAAAAAUGAUUAAACAAAACCGAUCAAUAGAUGUUUCUUUUCUGCGUCUU